AUGCCCUACCACUUCCAGUUUCGUACGAGCAAAUUAUCCGGAUGGGACAUCCGGGUAUUGAAGAUGACAAACAUGGCAGCUACCACGAACAGCAACUUGGACCUCACAGCGUCCAUCGCUGGCACUUUGAAUGAGAAACACUGCCAUGAACACUUGCAGGUUUUGAAAACAUUUACGUCUUCGUUACGGGACAAGGACUACAGGGAUGCAGUAAAGGAGGAAGCAUUCUCCAGCACUUUCAAGGUGUUGUCCCGACUGUAUGAUGAGCUGCAGACUGCCAGCAGUGAGGAUCAGGAUCUGGAGUCUGUCAGUCUACUGCUUCAGUUGAUAGCUGAGUGCUUCAGAGCUCAGAGGAACGCCUGUGUUCAGAGCACUCGCAACCAAAGUCUUAUCAGGGAGCUUGGUUUCAUCAAUGUGUCCCUUAAACUCCUGAGUUUCCUUCAGACCAAAAACUUUGAGAGCAGCGAUGGAGUAUUUGAACCUCUUCGUUGUGGGAUCCAGUUCCUUGGUAACUUGGCAGUGGGAAACCAAACCUGUAAAGAUGAAAUUUGGAGCCUCAGCUACCCAGAUCUUCUCUUGCAGCUGCUCAACACUGAUGAUGAGAAGACAGUGAACUAUGCCUCCAUGGUGCUCCACACGUGUCUGGAUGAAAGCAAGGUGGAAGAAAUGUCCAAUCCACAGAAUGUCCAGUUGGCACUCAGGGUGAUGGAGCUCUGUAGGACGCAACCAGACCUGGACUGGACGGUCCUUAUUGCUACUCAACAUUUCCUCAAGUCUUCAGCUCUGGUGGAGGGCAUGUACUCAGGGAUGUCAAACCAUGAAAGAGUUACCUUAUUAGAGCUGAUAUUUGCCCAGCUGCAAGAGGAGGACUCAGAGGAGUUCGGCAUCCCUCCCAGUGUGGCCGGUUUCUUAGCUAGUUCCUUCCAGGAAGGUUGUGGAGCUGUGCUGACACUCGCAACCGGCUCUGCUUCCAGUGAGGAGGUCCUGCAGGAGGCGCUGACAGUGAUCAGUCUUUUGGACGUGCUAUGUGAGAUGACCUCAGACCUCAAGCAGUUCAUGUUCCUACAGGAUCACCCUGAUCUACUAGUAACUACCGUCGAGCUCCUGAAGCAGGUUCAUGCUAUCGGGAAGGCAAGUAAGAAUAUCUUCAGCCCUGCUCAGAACUUCUCCUCCUUCAGCGGCGAUGUAGAGUCUUCCUCUCAGUCACCUGUCAUUAGCUUCAAGGCCCACCUCAUCAGACUGAUAGGAAACCUCUGUCACAGCAACGUCAACAACCAGAACAAGGUAAGAGAACUCGAAGGCAUCCCCCUCAUAUUGGACAACUGCAACAUCGACAGCAACAACCCGUUUAUCAGCCAGUGGGCCAUCUUCGCCACCAGGAACCUCCUAGAACACAACUUGCAGAACCAGGAGCUGGUCGCCUCCCUGGAGCGCCAAGGCACCGCUGACUACUCUGCUCUCAAGGAGUUGGGUUUCCAGGUGGAGGAGCGAGACGGACGCCUGCUGCUCAAAACUGUGAGGAAGGACUAGUGACGAGCUCAGGGGAGCAUCAGUCCCAGAGAGGAGGUGCUCGACGCGCAAGCAGGUUCUCAUGAAGUAUUUGUUUAGAGAGAGAACGUACAUGCGCACACUUGUGUGAACAUGUACUCAUGUUAUGCUACAAGCUUCAAUAAUACUAAGUCUAUAACUCGUCCACUUAUUCCACAUGCGUUUGUGCCUGUCUGUAACGACCGACAGCCAUACUGCCGAUGUCUUAAGCAAAAAAGUCCUUUUGAAUUUGAUAUUUCUAUCAGAGAAGUAUGCAUAACGUACUUUUCUACCUCAGCAAUGCUUGCACUAUUUCCUAGAUAGGGCUUAGGGUACUCUUGAGCCACAAAGGACCCUCAGGGUGCCCUCGGUAUACAAGCAGGGGCUAUUGUUUUGUCUUGACUUGAGUCUGGGAAAUGAAGAGUUUGGGAGAGGCGAGCACAUGCUGGUACCUUUUGGCAAGACUGCUGCUUUGGGGUUUAAUCCAAAGACAAAAGCGCACCACAGUGUCUGUGGCUUUUCACUUUUCACAGACACCGGUGUUACCAGCAGGGGCUGGUUUUUUUAAUCCCAGGCCCACAGUGACUUCUACAGUAUCCACGAAACAGAGAGUGACCAAAACAUGAUGUAAUCAACCCCUCACUGCUUUUUCCUACUUAAAUACUGAGAAUAAAAAAUGUGUUUAUCCACAUUCAGGGGCUUCAAAUAAAUUAUUAUCUACUGAAAAAGGGCGUAAAACUAUUAAAUAUACAAUAUGAGGACAAGUCUAUGAAAACGCAAUACUAAAAGAAGAGUAUAGGACGCUAUGCAUGUCUUCUAACAUAAAAACAGUGCUCAGUAUACAGUGUGAGGUUGUUGCAAUGUCUCCUCUUGCUUCUGCACUUCUUACAUUAGGUCAAAACAGGAAUGAGUAUACUCAAUACAACAUACUCAACAUAAUGAAUGUCAUCUGUAUCGUCUUAAUCUUCUAUUUUUAUCUUAUUGCACUACACUAUGAUACGUGAAGCAAAGGGGCUAACAGCAUGCAUAAUACAUGAAUAAGGUUUUAAACUCAUGACACUGACUUCAUGUGUUACUCAAUAGACUGCAGGUUAUCGCUCUGAGAAAGCUGGAUUUGAGUUCUACCCUCUGCAUAGACUUUUUUAAGGUUGAGUUUUUAAGUGUGUUCCUGUUUAGCUUUAGCAAAUAGUGUGUUUUAAUAAUUCUUGGAUUAGUGAUAGUACUUCUGGAUGUGUAGAUGAUGUAGUGACUGAAUCAGGGAGAGGGAAUCAGACUAGAAGCAUUAGUGUGCAGAAUGACAUCCCUCCCUGCUCCUCCUGUUGCUGGAUAAGCUGAAUAGUCCUGACACCUCAACAAUGCAGCGCUUUACAGGCCUGCUCACACCCUGCUCACACCCUGUUUGCUCUGCCUCUGAUUUUUAAUGACAAAAUGUAUUGAAACAAUCGGCCGGUCUCUCCCCUCAAUCCGCCGGCAUAGUGAGGGGAGCUUAUGCGGUUCCGGUCCCCAGGAUUUCAGACAGCUAACAAAACAGCUGUUACUCGCGCUCGGCUGGCUGGCUGCAAUGCUAUUCAGCCCCAACAGGAAAGAGGCUGUGCGAGUCAGCCGGGCUGAAUGAGGUGGCACGGUUGCUGCCGCCCCGUUCACCUCCUAACACGUUAGACCCACAUCAGCCGAGGCCGGGAGAGUUUGCGUUACCCAUCUCAGCGUUUUCUAACACCCAACUGUACGAUGAUCUAACUGUGCCUUCUGGUGGAGACUAACACGUUGUAUUAAUUGAGGUCAAUGCAUUAGUCAACAUGUUUAUAUUAAGCUUAAUAAAGUAUUGAGUGUGACAAAGCA